CUAAAAUGUCAAAUUGACAGCUGCUAUUAACUCGAAGUUUCGUAUAUUUCUUUCUUUUUCUGAUCGUCGUGCCGAAGCACUCGGUUGAAAAAUGGUUAACGGACGCAUACCGUCUGUCUUCUCGAAGACUUAUGUGACACCACGUCGCCCUUAUGAAAAGGCACGUCUAGAUCAGGAGUUAAAAAUCAUUGGUGAAUAUGGUUUGCGCAAUAAGCGUGAGGUUUGGCGCGUGAAAUAUGCUUUGGCCAAAAUCCGUAAAGCUGCUCGUGAGUUAUUGACUCUAGAUGAAAAAGACGAAAAGAGGUUGUUCCAAGGUAAUGCUUUGCUGCGUCGCUUGGUACGCAUUGGCGUAUUGGAUGAGUCGCGCAUGAAGCUCGAUUACGUUUUGGGUCUGAAAAUUGAGGACUUCUUGGAGCGUCGCUUGCAAACUCAGGUCUUCAAAUUGGGAUUGGCCAAGUCAAUCCAUCAUGCACGUGUUCUUAUCCGUCAAAGACACAUUCGAGUUCGCAGACAAGUGGUAAACAUCCCAUCGUUUGUUGUGCGUUUGGACUCGCAGAAGCACAUUGACUUCUCGUUGAAAUCACCCUUCGGUGGUGGCCGCCCAGGUCGCGUGAAGAGGAAGAACUUGAAGAAGAACCAAGGUGGCAGUGUUGCUGUUGCUGAAGAGGAAGAAGAUUAAACAGUUCUAUUUUAUUUAAGUCAACAAAUAAUUCUUGAAAGAAGUAGGACAAUGUUUAAUAAAGUGUUUUUCUUAUUUUAAACAAACAGAAA